UUAGAACUGUUGGCACUGAGAAGCAAGCACCUAUGCUGACUGGUUGUCAAGAUAUGGAAUUUUGCAUAUGGGACACAAAAAGUCCUUGGAAUCGCUAAAUGAGCCGUAAUUCCCGGCGCUCCCGUUGUAGCGGGUUGGGUUCUCUGGUUUUAGUCCGGGUUUUAAGAUCAUUUGAGUCUGAGGCUUUUGUUAUUACAGAUUAUUGUUGAUUGCUUUACUUGUUAAGUAUUACCCAUUUCUGUUUAAAAUGUCUCGUCUAAAUAUCUGCUAAUAGUCUAACACCAACACGAGCGUGCUCACGCACUGCUAGUUUUCAAAUGUUUUGUGAAUGAAUUAACCCCUUCUUUAACCUAAUAAUCAAUAAGCUAAUUACCUCGCAUCCUAAUGUGCUCCGGCAAAGCCUCAGAAUUAAAAAAUACGAAGCAGUUACUUGAUUACUUGAAAGAACUAUUUCUGGAUCGCAUGAAACUCUUAGCCACUCCUGGCUUAUACAUUCAUAUCGAAAAACUUUUGGGCGAAGGUACUAAUUGUAUUCUAGUUUAUCUCUUUUAAAAGAAAUACUGCGUGUUCAGAGCGAAUUGUUUUCGACAUCCGGUAUCUGUCCAAUAAAAGAAAGAGAAUUGCCAAAACCCGAUGGCCCUAAGGUUAAUCUACAAGCUAAAAUAUAUAUGCCGAUGGACUCUACCAAUAAUUACAACUUUGUUGGACGAAUUCUUGGUCCUCACGGAUCCACUGCUAAAUGUUUACAACAAUUUUUAGGAGUAAGAAUUAUGAUUCGUGGUCGUGGAUCUAUGCGAGAUCAAACAAAAGUUGGAGCAAAUUUUGUUCGGCCAAACUCGGAGCAGCAUUUAAAUGACAAUUUGCAUGUUCUAAUUACAGUUGAAGAUUACGAAAAUCGUGCUAAAGUUAGACUUGAAAAAGCCAGCGAAUAUAUUAGUAUGUUUCUACAGGAAAGUGUAAAAGUAUCGGAUAAGGAAGACAAAGUGAAAAUGAUGCAAUUAAUGGAAUUGUCCAUCCUUCGUAAAGCUUGGCCAAUAAAUGUCACCGAAUUAUCGAAAUUUAAUUUCCAAUCAAGAAGAAAUACACUUUUUGAUAAAUCAAUCACUAUAGGUCAUACCAGUGGAUACAUAUCUGGACCGUAUACAUCACCAGCUUUACAACAUGGUCAACAUUUCCUACCUUUUCCAAAUCCACACCUUCAAGAUCAUCCUCAAGAAAGUCAUCAACAACAGCAACAACAACAGUCUGUUGAUAUUCCUACUGGUCAAUCACGUUGUGAUCCCGGUGGAUUUUCACAAUAUCAUCAUUAUCAAAAUAAUUUUGUAUUUCCAUCGCCCGGUUCAUGUGAUAUUGAUGCUACAAUAUAUUUACAUAAUGACUCUGGUCGACGUGGUUUUACAGGAUAUUUCGGAUCGAAUUGUCAGCAUAUACAAAAGCAAACACUAUCGACCACACCAGGUAUACCUAUGGCACCCUUAGCCGUCAGUUAUUGGUCAUGCACAUAUCCCAGUUUACCAUCUCCAGAUUAUCCUAUUCAACACUCAGAAAUGAAUCGUAACCCUACUACUGUCAACACAAACAGUCGACAACCAUGUCAUAUUCAUGAACAUUGUCCUUCGGAUAAUGUAAUAUCUCAUAGUUUUAUAAAUAGUUUACCACAAUCAAAUUAUACAACACCGUUGAUGAUUCAUUCACCGCGACAACAAUGUCCUCAGAGUAAUCAAUAUUUACCAUUCCAUGGAAAACAACUUGUUACAUCGAAUAAGUUGAUAAGUCAAGUGUGUAUUAACUGUGUUAGUAACUUUCAUAACACUAAUCAAACGCGUCGCCGUCAUCGUCAUCAAAAUGGUAACACUUAUAGUGGUGGGUCCGUUGAAGAGUUUCAUAAAAGGUUACAAAAGCAUUCAUCAGGCGAUGAAAGUGUUCUUCACCAUCAUAAAUCAGAAGAAUUUAUUCACAAUAGUGUAAUUAUUGAUGAUAACAAUAAAAAAAAAAAUAAUAAUAAUGAUAGUAAUAAUAAUCAUUCACUUUCUAUCGGUGCGUUAAAACGAAACCCUACCAAUGGAAUAAAGAAAUUUCAUUCUGAUAAGUGUAAAACUAUAAUUACUAGUAGUAGUAGUAGUAGUAGUAGUAGUAGUAGUAGUAGUAGUAGUAGUAACACUCACAAUACUACUGCUUCUACUAAUCAUAUGGGUCAUCAUCAACAGCGAUUCAAUGGUCAAGCAAGUACCAAUGAAAAUGUUGUCAUUACCUCUCGUAGCAGUCAUAAUUCGAUUCAUGCUCUUAACCCUACUGAUAUUGCUAAAGUAAAUAACGAUAAUAAUAAUAUCCGUAAAAGUACUAAGAAUUGUUUAAAUGAACAGGAACAACAGUACCAACACGAGUAUUAUGAUAGUUAUACAACUGGGUUGGAAAAAGUUAACACUAUGCCUCGUAAUGAGUAUAAAAAGAAUAGUUUUAAGUCUAGGACUAAUCAUACUAAUACCACUAACAAUACGAAUACUUGUAUUAGUCACAAUAAUGCCAUCAUUACAUCAACUAUUAACUCUAUUACAAGUAGAAUUAAAACAAUCAAUCAAGAUAAAAAGUAUUUUAUUAAAAAUACUGAGGUUAAUAUAAUAAAAAGUACUCCGUCUAACAGAAAAUUAUCUGAUUCAAACUUAAAACCUAUUGGAUUAGUUACAGAUGAAACAGAGUGGCCAAGACUUGGAACUAAUGUGAAUUCACUUCAAACAUCAACUGUCAAUAAUUCUCAACGUCCGUCAUCUAAAUUAAAUGUUGUUUUGAAUGAUGAUGUUGGUGAUAAUAAUAAUGAUGAUAAUAAUGCUCAAUCGAUAACAUUAUCACAUAAUUCCAAGUCUAAUUCACUUGAUAUUGAUGAUGAUAAUAAUAAAGUUGAGAUAAAUCAUCAAUCAUCAUUGUCAACAUUCAAAUCGACCGGGUGAAAAAUGUUCCCGUAUAAUUAAUGUUGAAAUAAGGUUGAAUCUCUAUGAAAUUCAUUGAGAAAAUCCUUUUUUUUUAAAAAAUAUUGUAAAACAGCUUGUUUUCUCAUUCAUUAUUCAAUUUGUUUUAUUUUGUUUGUUAAAAUUAGGGAUUUUUAUUCUUUUUAAAAAAAAUAUUUUUCGUGAUUCGUUGUUUAUUCUAUUAUUUUGUUGAUUUCUAUGUUUGCUACUUUUUACCUUCAUUUCGUUUUCUUUUAUCUUUCAAUGUUUUCUUUAAUGGUUAACCUUUUUUCUUGUUGUUGAUUAAAACUGUUAAGAAGAAGGAAAUAACACUGUUUUGUUGUUG